CUGUCCUUUGUGUGUGUGUGUGUGUGUGUGUGUGCGCGCGCGCUUUUUCUAAUAUAUUUUCUAAAGAGAGAGAGAGAGAGAAAAAAAAAACCUGGAGUCAGCUGGGUUUACAUUGUAUCACCGCUUACCUCAAGAGUCAAGAGACAUGAACACCAUGACAUAGAACAAAGCGCUUCUCGUUUGGGUGUUGCCAGACGGGUUUGUUUUGCAAUAACUUGCUGGAGCAAAUGAUCAUGACAGAAUCCAUACGAAAGAUGAUGAGGGCGAAGUUGGUGGUGCUGGGAAGAGAGAACUGUGGAAAGACAGCUCUGUGUGUCAGAUUCAUUACCAAACGUUUCAUUGGAGAAUAUGAACAUAAAAGAGAGGUCACCUACAGGUGUCAGAAAAUGGUGGACAAAGAGCCGAUUGAGCUGGAGAUUUUAGACACUGUUAAUAAGGAGUGCAUAGGACCUUCUUCCUCUCUGGAAAGCUCCAUUAAAUGGGGUGACGGAUUUCUAAUUAUGUAUUCCGUCAUGGAUCGUAGCAGUUUUGAAGCAGUGUCGCGCCUUAAGAGACUGAUUGACCACAUUAAACAGACACUCGGUAUUCCAACAGUGAUUGUAGCCAAUAAAUGUGACAUGGAGUAUGGGCGCUUGGUGAGGACAGAUGAGGGUCAGGCUUUGGCCUCAGAUUUAAGGUGCAGUUUCUUUGAGCUGUCUGUUGCAGAGGAUACUUCUGCAGUGGAGGCUGCGUUUGGGCAGCUGGUGCGUGAAGUGCGUGUGGAGUUUCAGCGCCACCUGCUGGCUAUGGACAAGCGAUCACGUAUGCUGCAGAUGAGACAUGCACUCAAAAACAAACUAACAAGGAGUAAAACCAUGCAGUGGUGACCAGAAGGACUAAAUACAUUUAGCAAAUCUGACCUAGGUAUUCACUACAGUAGUGCUCAUAUCUUACAUGACUACCUUUUCAGAAAGGAAUAACAAUACAGAACCAAUAAGUGCCUUCUGGAUCUCCAAAUCAGUGUGUGUGAGUAUUUAAUGCAGACAGCUUAAAGCAGCAAAAUGUAGUAGUGUGUUUUAAAGGUGCAGUGUGAAAUUUCUGUGCCACUAGAACCACCAAAAAGAAUAGCAAAAAUAAUGAAAUUUGUGUUUUCAAAUUGGUGUCCCAAACAUUCCAUUGCAUUGUUCAUAAAACAAAUGGUUGCCAGUUUUGUAACCCACUUAUUUUAAGUGUGAGAAGUCAUGUAGGCCUAUGUGUAUUUGUCAUUGCUGGGCUAAUUCUUAGGCUGUGCUUGUCUAGAAUUAAUAAGUUAUGCCUAAAAUGGCAAAUGAUGUGCAUCAUGGCAGAAGAUCUGUGUAUUUACUGUGCAUUAGCACAUUGAGAAUCAAUGGGUUCAUCCAAAAUCUGAAACAUUUAGUAUAAUUUUAUUUUAGUAUGGUUGGCAGUGAUUGGAUGAUGCUGGCCAUUACUUUGAAUCAGAAUUAAUCAUGCUAAGUUAUGAUGUGAUGUUUGUUAUGUCUCAAAAACAUGAAUAACCAACACUCAUAGAAACAUAAUAAACAAGUUGAUAAUUAAUCUAUGUUUACAUAUAUACAUAUUUUAUAUAUAUACUUUCUAUAGCUUGGUAUUAUUACAAAUUUCAGAACUUAGUCCCUCUGCCACAUAUGUUGCUAUACAUUUUUAGCAAUAAUUUUGUUGUUUUCGUUUUUUUGCAUGUUUAUUAGGUGCUACUUGUUACAAAUCAAAAAGGGAAAUGGAAAAUGCGCACAGCAGUAACGCUCAGGUCUCAGGAUGUUAAAUGUAUAGUAGUUUGACAAUGACAACAUCUGAUUGUUUCUUCACUCAUAUGAUGUUCUAACCAAAACAGAAAUUAAACCAUGAAAUUAAACAAUUCAAUUUACAAUUUUAUUUAGCAAAAAUGGUAAAAAAUAAAUAAAUAAAUACAAAUUGAUCAAAUGCUCCA